GCAGCCGGCGCGGCCAAUCCGCGUCCCGGAAGGAGCGAGCUUGCGGCGCUGGAGCGAGUGAGUGAAAGCGGCGCCGCCCGCCGGCCGCUGGCGCGGCUGAAGCUGGGCGCCCUCCACCUCUUUCCUUAGGGUCCCCCAAAGAGAGCGGGCAAACACCGUGCAUCCGCGCUACGCCUCUUGGCGCGUCGGUUCCCCAAAUAGGGCCUCCCAUCCCCCAACGCCAGCGCACCUGAGUGGGCUGGGCGCGUCAUCUCCACAAGUCGGCCCUGCAGCGGCGCCCACAUUUGGUGUAGCAUCCCCUGUCCCAGUCCCCGGCCCCUGCCCGGUCGUCCCGCCACCGGAGCGGUGACCGCCUGGCCCGCCGUUCUUCCGCUGCCACCGCUGCCGCCACCAUGGGCAGUGAGCAGAGCUCCGAGGUCGAGAGCCGACCCAACGAUCUGAACUCCUCAGUGACUCCUUCUCCAGCUAAGCAUAGAGCCAAGAUGGACGAUAUCGUGGUUGUAGCUCCAGGCUCCCAGCCCUCACGGAAUGUCAGUAACGAUCCCGAUGUCAUCAAACUGCAAGAGAUUCCGACCUUCCAGCCACUUUUGAAAGGACUAUUGAGUGGCCAGACUUCCCCAACAAAUACCAAACUGGAGAAAUUGGAUUCUCAGCAGGUGUUACAGCUCUGCCUUCGAUAUCAGGACCACCUUCAUCAGUGUGCAGAGGCCGUUGCCUUUGAUCAGAAUGCUUUGGUUAAACGAAUCAAAGAGAUGGAUUUGUCCGUAGAAACUCUCUUUAGCUUCAUGCAAGAGCGCCAGAAAAGAUACGCCAAAUAUGCGGAGCAGAUCCAGAAGGUCAAUGAAAUGUCCGCCAUCCUCCGCCGCAUCCAGAUGGGCAUCGACCAGACCGUGCCCCUGAUGGAGCGGCUCAACAGCAUGCUGCCCGAGAGCGAGAGGCUGGAGCCCUUCAGCAUGAAACCCGACCGGGAGCUCAGGCUGUAGACCUGCCCGCCCCCUCCUGCCGGGCGGGGCUGUCGUUCUGUGGGGACCCCGCCUGGCCCCACCCCAGCACGGCCCGAGGGCGAGGAUGGCUGGAACCAGAGGGCCCUGAUGUGACUGGAUCUCGAAGCCGGUUGGAGGCUUCGGUUCUCCCUGAAGGUCUGACGCUGCCCUCCCCACCCCUUCCCUUGAGGCAUUUUUUUCUGUUUGCAAAACGAAGCAAACCAAGCCUCGGUGCUAACCGAAGCUGGAACAUUUGAAUUAUUAGGAAUCUGUUACAGGACUCUGCAUUGGGAAUUGUUUUUAUUUCGUUUAGGGUUUCGUUGUGUUUUUAGUUGGAAGCGCGUAGUGUCAGGUCUAGCUUGCGGAGUGAAAACACGGAGAGGAGGGGAGAAAUGUUCAAAGCAGCUCUGGGCCCUCAGUGCCCUCAGGCCGUUCUCCUCCGCAGCCUUUCCGGGGUCUGAACUGCAAACAUAAAGAACUAAUUUGCUCCA